AUACAUGAUUUAUUGAAAGCUUAGCAGGACCAUGGAUCAAUGGACAGGCUUGGGUUGGAUCAAAGAGGGAUCAGUCUAAUCUAGGCUGGACAUUGAAAUUGUAACCGCAACUUCUGAUAAGCCAGAGUUUGAUUAGAUGUUGGCAGCGCCCUCUUUCGAAAUCGGGGGAAAGCACCCGCCAGGCAACCACCUAGAGCACCACCACGGCAUGACGAAAAACGAAUGAGGCACAACAACAUUAAGGAUUCAGAAUCAGAUAGUCAGGGAAGAAAAGACGAGUGUCGGCCCAUCCUUGCCUUGCCUGCUACUACAAAUCAGAACACGGAUCUUUCCGAGAUUUGCAUGUUCACUCAGCUCAAGCCUCAAGCCCCCGAGUCAUAAAAAAAGGAACAUGGUUGGUUGAUUGUCACCGAACAAUGAAUCCCGUCUGUUAUUCCAGCAUGGCUGGGCAUUGGACGCGAGGAUUGAGUCGACAUUUUGGUAAUCAGGUCAAAGCCAUCACCCAAGCUUUAUUCCAGCAUUUCACGGCAUGGACCCCCCCACCAUUCAGUCUAGACUCAUCAUGACGAGUGCCCCUCGGCGUCCCUUCACCAUUGUGGUCGAGGGCAACAUUGGUAGUGGCAAGAGCACGUUCCUCAAUGAGUUCCAAGAUCUAUCGAACGAAUUGGAAAUCAUGCCCGAACCCGUGGAUAAAUGGCGAAAUUGUCACGGCACUAAUCUGCUACAGCGAAUGUAUGAGGAUCCGAAACGAUGGAGCAUGUUGUUCCAAACGUACGUUCAAUUGACCAUGAUGCAACAGCACACGAAACCCUGCGCCAAACCCACCCGGAUCAUGGAACGCUCUUUGUUAAGUGCCCGCUAUUGCUUCGUGGAGAAUCUCUACGCCGAGGGCAAACUCGAGGACUGCGAGUAUGCCGUGUUGUCCGAGUGGUUCAAUUACCUUCUGACGUGUCCGUCCAUGAAUUUCAAAAUCGAUCUCAUUAUUUAUCUGCGGACCCGUCCUGAUGUGGCCUUUCAACGGAUCAAGGAUCGAGAUCGGAGUGAGGAAUGUCGAAUCCCUUUCCAGUACAUCCAGGAUCUCCACGAUCUCCACGAGGAUUGGUUGAUUCGCAAGACUAAAUUCCAGCCUCUUCAAGCCCCUGUGAUUGUCAUUGAAGCCAAUGAAGAUUUGGACAAACUACAAGCCCAGUAUCAACGCCAAAAAGACGAGAUCUUGCAAAAGUCUCGAACGAAUUGAGCGUAACAAAAGGACCACCAAAACGAGGACUUUGCCGGAUCGAGCUGUGAUAUUGAAUUAGGUGAUGGCAGUUCAAAGAGAAACAAAAAGAAAGGACGAACUGACUUCUUGUGUGUUUGUUCAUUUUUUCACGUUUUGUAUCGACUCACUUCAAGGUAUAUUCAAUAAAUUGAUGUCAAGCGACAA